ACUCACACACACACACACACACACACACAAGACGUCAGUGGUGAGCACGAGCAGGGAGAGCGCGGAAGCAAUUUCUUUUGUAGCUCGGUCACUCAUUGUUGGUUGUGUUCUUGGAAAAUCCGGGCAGAUUUCAAACGGAACCAUUGGGCUAUACCCAUGCUGGGGAUUUGGCUUUGUUUCUUUCCGCAAAUGCAAAAGGAAAAAAUAUGCAACGAAGCAUCGCUCUUCUCUGCACCAGCGUUAUCGGACUCUGCUUUGGUUCGAGUUUUCCAAGUAAUAUCAACAUAGGAGGAUUAUUCCCUACAGAGUCGCACGAAUAUGAAGUAUUCCGAUUUGCGCUUUCGCACCAUCAGGACAUUCCCAAACUGGUACCGCAAGUAGAUAUGGUGAAGAUGGGCAACAGCUUCUCUAUGACUUAUGCCUUUUGUUCACAGUUUGCAAAAGGAGUGUAUGCCAUCAUUGGUGUGUACGACAGGAAGACGGUGAGCAUGCUGAUGUCAUUUUGUGGUGCGCUGCACGUCUGUUUUGUGACACCCAGCUUCCCCAUUGAGACCUCCAACCAAUUUGUGAUUCAACUGCGGCCCGAGAUGCAGGACGCCUUGGUUGGGGUCAUUGAACACUACAAGUGGACCAAGUUUGUCUACAUGUAUAGCUCCGAUUCAGGACUAAUCAUUCUGCAGAAGGUUCUGGACACAGCAGCAGAGCGGAACUGGCUGGUCACCUCAGUGAAUGUGGAGACCAUGACUGAGGCAUCCUUCCUCAAAGUCUUUCAGGACCUAGACAAGAGGAAGGAAGGCCAGAUCAUAAUUGAUUGUGAGCUGGAGCGCCUCAGCUCCAUCCUGAAGAAGAUUGUAGAACUGGGAAAAAACCAUAAGAGCUAUCACUACAUACUGGCAAACCUGGGCUUUAUGGACAUUGACCUGUCUGAGUUUAAGAAAGGUGAGGCUAAUGUGACAGGCUUCCAGCUUGUGAACUAUGCAGAUCCAGGUGUUAACAGAAUAGUUCAGCAGUGGAUGGACUUUGACAAUAAAGACUCCAAAGUUCCAAAGAAAGGACUCAAGUAUACUGGAGCUCUCACUUAUGAUGGUGUUAAAGUGAUGUCUACAGCUUUUCAGAAUCUCCGCAGGCAGAGGAUUGACAUAUCACGCCGUGGUAAUGCUGGUGAAUGCCUUGCAAACCCACCAGCCCCCUGGGGCCAGGGCAUUGACAUUCAGAGAGCUUUGCAGCAGGUCCGGAUUGAAGGUGUAACAGGACACAUCCAGUUUAAUGAGAAAGGUCGGCGAAUCAACUACACCAUCAGUGUGAUGGAGCUGAAGGCCACAGGGCCAAAGAAAGUAGGAUACUGGAAUGAGGAUGAGAAAUUUGUGGGCACAGCAGCCUACAUGUCUGGAAGUAAUGACACCUAUGGAUUUCAGAACCGCACAUACAUCGUCACCACCAUCUUGGAAUCUCCAUAUGUGAUGUUGAAGAAGAAUCAUGAAAAGCUUGUAGGAAAUGAUAAGUAUGAAGGCUACUGUGUGGAGCUGGCAGCAGAAAUAGCCAAGCAUGUGGGAUACCAGUACAAACUCAAGAUUGUUGCCGAUGGAAAGUAUGGAGCCCGGGAUCCAGAGACAAAGAUGUGGAAUGGGAUGGUUGGGGAACUGGUUUACGGAAAAGCCGAUGUUGCAGUGGCACCACUGACUAUCACAUUGGUGAGAGAGGAAGUCAUUGACUUCUCCAAGCCCUUCAUGAGCCUGGGCAUUUCAAUUAUGAUCAAGAAGCCCACAAAGUCCAAACCAGGAGUCUUCUCUUUUCUUGACCCACUGGCCUAUGAGAUUUGGAUGUGUAUCGUGUUUGCCUACAUUGGCGUAAGUGUGGUACUCUUUCUGGUCAGCCGCUUCAGCCCAUAUGAGUGGCAUGCUGAGGACUGUGAGGAAAGAGGAGAGGCCAAUACCAACCAGGCUGGAUCCUUGUCAGGCCAAAAUGCACAGAAUCAGGCCCAACAGAACCAGGAGCAGACCAACGAAUUUGGCAUCUUCAACAGCCUCUGGUUCUCACUAGGAGCUUUCAUGCAGCAAGGAUGUGACAUCUCACCCAGAUCUCUCUCAGGCCGGAUCGUAGGUGGUGUCUGGUGGUUCUUCACCCUCAUCAUCAUUUCAUCCUACACAGCGAACCUGGCAGCCUUCCUCACCGUGGAGAGGAUGGUCUCACCUAUCGAGAGUGCUGAAGACUUGGCCAAGCAGACUGAGAUCGCUUAUGGUACACUCGAUGCUGGCUCAACCAAAGAGUUCUUUAGGAGAUCAAAGAUUGCUGUGUUUGAAAAGAUGUGGUCCUACAUGAAGUCAGCCCCAUCUGUGUUUGUGAAGACCACUGACGAAGGAGUGAUUAGAGUUAGGAAGUCUAAAGGAAAGUAUGCCUAUCUGCUGGAGUCCACCAUGAAUGAAUAUAUUGAACAGCGCAAACCCUGUGAUACCAUGAAGGUGGGCGGGAAUUUGGACUCUAAGGGUUAUGGUGUUGCUACACCGAAAGGAUCACCACUCAGAAACCGAGUUAACCUGGCAGUGUUAAAACUGAACGAGCAGGGCCUGUUGGACAAAUUGAAAAACAAAUGGUGGUACGACAAGGGCGAGUGCGGCAGCGGGGGAGGUGAUUCCAAGGACAAGACAAGUGCGUUGAGUCUCAGUAACGUGGCUGGAGUUUUUUACAUUCUAAUCGGGGGCCUGGGCCUGGCCAUGCUGGUGGCACUGGUGGAAUUCUGCUACAAGUCAAGGACUGAGUCUCGCAGGAUGAAGCAUUUAUGCAACACCUCCAUGCAAUGUCUAACUCUGCCCAUGUCGUCAUCCCAGCAAUCCAUCAAUGAUGCCAUGCGCUGCACCACACUGACCCGGAUGAGUGGCAACGGCAGCGGUGGGGAGAACGGCCGCAUCAUGGCCCAUGACUUCCCAAAAGCUGUGCAGACAUUACCGUGCAUGAGCCACACAGCCGCCAUGGGCCUUGGAGCCUCCGGCAUGUGACUGGUACUACACAGACACUGUCCCCAACUGACCAGGGAUGCUCCAUACUGCCAAAAUGCACUCUCAGACUGCUCUCGGCAAAACUGACUACCCAUGAAACAUUUUUCUUAUAUAAGAAAAAAAAAAUCCCAAAUGUUUUGAUGGUGAGAAAAGAAUACAGAGAGGAAGAUGCUGUGCAAUAUGAUGCUGAGGGGACACUUUUUGGUAAUGUUCAUUUACAAAAAAAAAAAAAAAAGUUGUGUUGAUGCCAUGCCAGUCUAACAGAGCUGUUUACUUCUGUCUGUAAGUGUGCAAUAUUUUGGUUUAUACCACUGUUGUAUAAUGUUGUCUCCUACCUUAUUUCCUCCAGGAAAAAAGGAUCACAUGAAAUAUGUGGUAUUUUGCACAGAUUAUUAUAUGACUCAUAUGUUGUAAUGACUACUGCAGAGUAUGGUGUAUGGACUGAAGUUUUAAAAAUGCACAUAGAACCUAGAACUAGUGGAGAAUGUGGCUGAUUUCCCUCCACCAUUAACUUUGCUUAGCCUAAUUUAAACAAACAUAUCAGAUUGUCAGUCUGUUAAUAGUGUAAAUAGUCUGAUGUAAAUCUUAACCUGGGCAAUGGGAGAACAUUUGUUGUUGAUCAGUAGAGCAUAGCAUAAUGAACAUGUUGAUUAUAUUGCUGUGUAUUUUUUUUUUUCACCUCAACAACCUUGCAUUGCUGCUACGCCUCAUUUAAGGUGCCAUACCUCAUUUGUGCCAGGAUUGACUUGGGAGUGUGUUCCAUGUUUGAAUCUGCAGUUUCAUCAGGAGCACUUGCAGAAGGGCAUCGGCAAAAAUGUCACAAGCUACUGUGGAUAAAGAGCUUUUGAAGUAUUUUUCCCCUAUCAUUUGAAUGUCAUUUUUCUGCCCUCCAAAUAUAGUAUUGUCAUUCAUUUAUACUGUGCACAGAGCCAAAGCUAAGCAUUUUUGAAGUGUUGCUACAGUACCGACAUCUUUUUGAUACAAUAUUGUUUUUACAUCAGUCUAUUGCAAAUGAACAUUCCUCAACUGCCUUGUACUUUUAAAAAAUCUGAUUCAUUUUAGAGCCCGAAGUAUGUGCCAUUUUAUUACUAAGUUCCGAGACUGUAUAUGGAGGAAAUGCUGAUGGAUGUUGGCCUGCCUUUAAAUUCUCUCUCUGCACACAUGCUUUAAGAAAGGUUCAUUGAUGACUCCUGUUUUUAGCCUAUUCUUAACUUUUAGAGAAAAAGAUCACCACUGACAGUGGAAGUUAACUAAGAUCUAUGUUUAACUCUUGUUUGGGAAACCAGCUCUCAGAGUGAGCUCCAUCCUGAUGCAUUGAAUUUAAAAUAAAAGAGCUUCCCAGGAGUACUAUGCUUUCACACCACACACCAUGCUUUGUCCUCUGUGUAAACAAAGAGUGCUUUGUACUUCCCUCACUCUCUGUUUCUAGCUUCUUUCAUGUCUUUUAUGAAGGCACAGGAGUCUGGGCUGCUUUGUGGCCUCAUGUUCUAAACAUAUUUUAUACACAGUAACAGAUUUGUAAUGGCUGACAGAGACAACGAAUAAUAGUAGAGUAAGGAUUUUUGAGUGCUGUAUGAUUUGCUGUUUUUCAUAUGAACUCGUAUGUUGAGGCAAUGCUUCAUUAAAGGGAGGUAGUCAUUACAGAGAUAAGAAUAAUUGAGCAGUUAGUUGAGAUACUUUGUGUUUCUGGUUAACAGUGUUACUCUUUUCUGUGGUUGCGAUGCAAAAAUGAUCUUCUACGCUCACACUUUCACAAUGAUGUGAUUUGUUUAUUUAUGUUUGUUUGUUGGGCUUAUGUUGAUCAUAAUGGAGAGGUAUGAUUGCAUACAAAUGGUAUGGAUGAAAAAAAAAAACGUUAAAUCAAUAAUGAGUAAAACAUUCAAAAUAAAAAGAAAACACUUUUCUAACCAAAGUCAGAUGUUGGUUGAUGCUUUUUGUGAUUAAACAGGAAACAAUUGUUGUAAUUUUUGUCAUUUGGUUUCUCUGUCCACUGUAUUUGAUGCACCAUUUGGGGCUGUUGUUGACACACAAGGGAAAAAAAGCUCAUUACGAUCUCUGCAGGUCCCCAUUAGGAAAAUCCAAUGAUCCUUUCAUUCAAAGCAUCUUACAACUGGGAAAAACUCCAUCCUAAUCAUAGAGUUGAGGGAUGAAAGCCUUGAUCAAGGGCCCAACAACAGCUCUCUGGCAGUCAGACAGGAUUUCCCAUUUAUGAGAUCCUUUAGAAGCUUAACUGCUGAGCUAACACUUUUGCGAAAGACAGGUGCUCAUUUGCUCACUGUAGUGUUUGGAAGGAUGCCAUGCGGCCCAGAAAACUCAUCAAAGGAUGAAUGGAGGGCCAAAUGUCUCCAUAAUGACACACUAUCAAGCACAGAAUAAAUAGAUUGAGAUGCCUACCAUUAUCAGUUACACAGCAGUAUGUGACCAGGUUUAACAUUACAAUUAUGGUAUAAUGGUAAAUUAAGCAAGAGUAAGAAAGUAAUAAGAAAUCGUUUUCCUAAUCAAAGCUCUGUACUAAACUGUAGAAUUCAUGUUUAAGAAACAUUCUUACUAAGUUAACAAACAUUCUUAUUAAGUUUAUAAUAAAAUAAAGCAUUACAUUAACUUACAGAAAAAGUACAUUAUUAGAAUUACUUAAAUGCUUUAAUUUCUGUACAAUUAAUGUAAAUAUGUGGCUAAAACCCAAAGUGCUUAUUUUACUUAUUUUCAGUAUUUUGCAAGUGCUCUCAAAACUAGAAAUAAUUCUAUUUAAUAAUGUUUACUUGAACUGAUUGGACUCUUGUGCAUGUGCAAAUCAACACAUGCUGACCAGAAGAGGCCCAUGAGCUUGCUGCGCACACGCUGUUUCCUUUGCACAUGUUUAGUGACAAGGUUGAAAUUAAAACAGUCACAUCAAGUUGAAUUUAAUAGUCCUGUAGAGUUUAAAUAAAUAGUCGUAUAAUGUGGGGGCGUGGUUUUUUAACUCAAUUCGAUAUGCAUUUGCGUAACUGAAAUUGUGAGCAUUAUGGAUGGGUUGUUUUCAAUAUUUCUUGUUUUGUGUUGCCUUUAAGACCUUAGACCUUAUUGUUAAGAUGAUUAAUAUGAAAUGUUUUGCAAGAUCAAGUGUUUUCUUGGUUCACAAUCUUUGUAUUUCUUAGUCAGUUGAAUGGUUUGUGUGUCUUGGUUUAGUAGUCAUUUUGGGUUCUGCCAGUUCAGUCUUUAUGUAAGCCCUAUGAAGUUAUACUUCUGGUGGAGCCAUUUAAGGUGUUAUUGGCCACUUAUUAGUAAAGAUGAUAAAUGAUUUGUGAAAGCAGAUGUUUCCAAAUGGGACCAAGAAAUGAUGUUUAGAUAAUGUUUACUUUUUACAGUGUUGAGAUUUACGUAAUUAAUUUAAGCCCUCUUGCAAGAAUUAUAUAAAUAAAAUUGACUUAAAA